AUGGCGUACAUGAUACUGUCUGCUGGGGGUGAAUGUUCUGGUUGUUUGAAACGGCAGACUGAGUUGGUGGUGUGUGCUGUCGUGGACGGGUGGCGAGCGUGCUUAUUGGUGGGUGUGGUGGAAGUUGUUGUACAAACGGUGUGUUUUGAAAGAGUUCAAUGUGAUUCACGGUUGGGCGUGAGAGAUGGCGGUUUGGGUCUGUGGUGGAAUAGAGGAGUUGAAGGUUUGGGUGUGAGUUCUGCUGUUUGGGGAGAUGGGUGA